CACACACACACACACACACACAGAGAGAGAGACAGGUGUGUCUGUGACACACUUCCUCUUGAACUUUGCUUCCAGAGCAAACGUCGACAUGGCUGCAGAAGAGCUGGGUAGAAUGAAUGUCAUCGCUCACCUGUCUAACCAAGCUCUUCAUGAGUAUGAAAGCCUACAGAGGAAGCACGAGACCGCAGCCAUGGAGUGUAAGAGGCUGGAGGAGGAGAGAGACAAAGCCAUCACAGAGCUCAAUGAGAUCCAACAAGUGUCUCAGAUGGUCAUUGAAGAAGUCAGUGCUAUUCAGGAGGACCUGGAGAUUGAGAGGACAUGUAGAGAAAGUGCUGAAGCCCUGGCAUCCAAGCUGAAUCGUCAGAACCGCUCUCUGAAGAGGAAGAGCAUGCUGUUGCUGUCUCACCUCAGCCCAGACACCAUCGCACGGAUCCAGCUGGACGAUGAUGAUGCGGAGGAAGAGGAGGGCAAAGACAUGGAUUCAGUCAGUAAUGGCUGCCUCUCCCCUCACUGCCAGACCUCCAUCUCAGAGUUACAGUGUAAGUUGGAGUUAAGCCGCGAGGAGAAACAUCAAGCAGUGACUGGUCUUGAGGCAAUAAAGGAACAACUGAGGGAAACAAGGGAAGAACUGCUGAAAGAGAAACAUGACAACACUGUUUUAAUUGCUGAGACAGUGCGGCUCAAGAAGCUGCUGCAGAAAUACAACAGAGUUUCUCAGUUUGCUUUGGAGGAAUACAAAGUCUUACAGGACACUCUGAGCCUGGAGCAGAAUCUGAGGACAGAGGCAGAGAACUUUGGAAGAGCAAUGUUGGUCGAGCAAAAAAAGCUGAAGCGACAGAGUCAGGUCCUGAUGCAGAACUCCUCACCCAGCCAGGCUCUGCAAGAGGCGCUCAGCCAGAUCUCCACCCUGACCCAGGACCUGGAGGCACAGAGGCUGCAGCACCAGCACCAGAUAAAGCAGAUGGAGGACAGGCUGAGGAGCUGUGACACUCAGAGGGAGCUGACAGCAUUGAGGCGCAAACUGGAGCUUGUGGAGGAGGAGAGGAGGGAGUACAGUGACAAAUGCACCAAGACUGAAGUGGAGGUCAAGGAUCUGCGCUUUACAGUUGAAGAGCUCCAGAAGAAGCUACAAGCAGCUACCAACCCACCCCCUGCUCCUCCUCCUCCUCCUCCUCCUCCUCCCCCACCACCUCCACCUGCUAUGGCCUCCAACCCGCUCAGCUCACUGUUGUCACUGAUCAGAAAGAAGAAAGACCUCAGCUCUGACAUCCCUCUGCUGGUCCAGGACUCUGCCAAGACAGCAGAACCAGAAGUGAACGUCAGACAGCAGGCGGUGGAUGAAAUGAUGCAGAGGAUCAAGAAAGGCGUUCAGCUUCGCCCGGUCAGCAGCCGCUCAGCCAGCAGACCCAGGAAACAGAGGCUGCCGUCUAAUUCUGCCAUUCAGGAACUUAAAGGAAUCAUGGACCAUUUCAACAGAUCGUCCCCUCAACCAAAGGCCACGCCUCCAUCCACCAACAGUGAUGACGAGCUGCAGAAGAUUCUGCUGCGACGGCGAGGAGCGCUGGACAGCUGACCCACGACAGUCUCCACUCCACCGGACUGAGGUGGACCCUGAAAACACAGGCUGGAUGUGUCUGAAGGCAAAAAUCAAUGUUUAUCAUGUCAUGUGUCUGUCUGUCUGUCUGUCUGUCUGUCUGUCUGUCUGUCAGGAGUGUGCAACAUGACCAUGUGACCAGAGAGAAACAAAGUUCUACCCAGAGAUGAAGUAAAGUCUUGUUUAUUUCUGGUCAAAAAGUAACAAAGACAGGAUGCACUUUGUUUUCCUUUUUCUUUUGGCUCCUCCCUCUCUAGAGGGCGCCUCUGACUCAACCCGCCCAUUUCUCUGGGCUUGAGAUGAGCAUUCACUGGACUCCUGUUGUAAAACCUGUUUAUUUCCCUUUGACUCCUGUUGUUGCUGUUUAUUGGAUGAUUGAAGUCUGAAGAAACGAGACAUAUGAACAAUUGAACAAUGUGAACAUAAUGUUCCUCAGUAGCUGAGGUCACUGUCACAAUAAGCUGUUUGUCUCCGUUUAAAAUGGAAAUAAAUGGGAUGAGAUGUUUUAUUACAACAAAGAAACACAAAUGCCAAGUUUAUAAUAUAUUAUGAGGAGUCAGUGUUGGACAAGCAGGUUAAGAGGAGGGUCAGAGGUUAGCAGGAGUACACAUGAAAAAACACAGGGAUCAUUCAGCUCUUUUUUCUCAUACUAAAGGGAACGCCCACGUUAUUGUUUUGUAGAGCGAGUGAACAAUGAAGCUGGAUUUUUUGCAGCCUUGAGAAUUUCUUAGAAUGACUGUGUCUAGACAAGUGUUAACCUUGUAGCCAGCCAGUGAGCAAUUACAGGCCAGAUUUGGUUUCCACCUCUCCCCUCACUCACACAUGUAACCACCGUCGUCUUAGGACGCCAUUUUAUGUUGGACUCCGUCUCCAGUUCACCAGACAAGAUAGCAAUUUUCAGCAACUUUGAUUUGUAAAUUGUAAAACAAUAAAAGGGUAAGACAACUG